UUGCUUUUUUUCAUUGUUUGUUUCCUACAUGUUACGAUUGCUAUCAGCUGAGAGGUCUUUCUUUGGCGACGAUUGCAGGAGGCGCCUCACCACUUUCCCUUUCUUCAUUUAAUAUCCGGCACGUAAAUAGCCGAUGUGCGUACGUGACAUUAGUUCUGCUUGUUUUAUUUUCAUGUCAGAAGCUGGUGACGCAGGCUAAGAACUUUUCCCUCCCAAGUGCAGCGCAAUUUGCACUGCGGUCACGCAAUGCAGUGCCAGUCACGAAAGCAGAUGUCAUGGAAACAAAUCUGAAAAAAAAAAAAAGCGGAAUGGCAAAGCGACCGCACCUGUGCACCCCUUGUGACAUCACUAUGUGGGCCUCAGCGUGUUCUAACUCAUUGGCCAUGAAAGAGAAAAGCGACCUGAUUUCGUCAGUCCUGGACGAGCUUUUAAGCGGCAGACUCGCACCUCGUCGGGGUGAUUGGAUGAAUCUCAGGGUUUGUGUUUGGCAGCCCCACCGAAGCGACGCGCUCUUGUAGUAUACACGCAGGGAAAGCCGUCGGGCAAUAACGUUCAGCCAAAAGUAUCGUGCUGACUGCAACUCGCUGGAAGUCAUGGAGUCGUCGGUGCGCCACCUCGCUCACACGUUUCACUCGUGGUUUCCUCCGCGCGACAGCGUCGCCGAAGGUUGGCCACUUGCCGGCAAUCCCGUGUCCAUCGCACUCAUCACGGCCACCUACGUCUACUUCGUCACCGCGGCCGGACCAAAAUGGAUGUCAGGCCGCAAGGCGUUCGACCUGAGGCGCUGCAUUCUCCUGUACAACCUGUUCACCACCUUCUUCAGUGCCUACUUCCUGUGCCGCUUCUUGAAGCUCGGCUACUGGGACCUCGGCUACACGUUCCUCCAGGACAUGGACCGGAGCGACUCGCCCGCCAGCCUCGAGAUCAAGCGCCUCUCGUGGUGGCUGUACGUGUUCAAGCUUGUCGAGCUCUCGGACACCGUGUUCUUCGUGCUGCGCAAGAACAACCGCCAGGUCAGCAUGCUGCACGUCGUGCACCACGUGAUCGUGUCCUGGAACAUGUGGUUGAACGUGACCUACGGAGCACAGGCGCAGGCCAUGUUCAUCGCGUGCCUCAACUCGUUCGUGCACGUGUUCAUGUACGCCUACUACUUCCUGGCUGCGCUCGGUCCGGCCUUCAGGAAGCACUUGUGGUGGAAGAAGUACCUGACCAUGAUGCAGAUCUCUCAGUUCGUCAUACUGUUUGCGCACGCCAUCGGCAUGGUGUUGGCCAAGGGCAACUAUGUCGUGUUCUUUGUGUGGAUAGAGUUCGCGGAAGCGGUGUUGUUCUUCGUGUGGUUUAUGGCCUUUUACUCGAAUGCAUACAAAAAGAGUGUCUAGGUUCGCAGAUGGUUAUUAAAGUCAUGUUCUAAGGCUUAGAGUACUCAAGUGCGCGGAGGCAGCUAUAAUAGUUGCUAUAUUAUGAUCUUACCUCACUUGCACUCCUCUUUAUGAUCUUCCGAUAUUAUAAACGAGACAGAUGGAGCUUGACUCAUUUCAUAUGUAAAGCAACUGCUACACUUCAUCUCGUUUUUAAUAUACAGAAUACGGAGUGACAUUUGGCUAGUAGAAAAAAAGGACUUGAGCUCGUGAGUGAAGGGAGAGAGAGAGUGUGUGUCUAGAUGCUAGAGCCCUUGUUGACAACUAUAUGUUAACUGUGACCUUGAUGUCAUACAUUACUGGCUGAGUACUUUAUCAUAUGUAAGUGACACCGAAAUCUCGAGAGGCAUGCUUUCUUCGCAAUUCGUCGAACAGUGAACUCUACCCCCGACUCCUGCAUGCAUAUUUGCGGCUGAUUUCAAGGAUGUCAUUUUGUAACUGGAAACUGGUGAAAGAGUUACGAUGUAGAAAUCAUGUCGCCUUUUCAUCUAUCAUCAACACGAGGCAAAUAUUUGGGAAGGGCUGUGGCACUGGCUUCAAGCUGACAACCGCCGAGGCCGAAGAUACAGCGUCGCGAGCCGGCGUGUUCUUGUCGAGGUAUUACACGCUGGACGUGUUCCAUCUUUAUGCAAAUAUCGCAUACGAUGGUUCCGUGGAACUUGCAAAAGUUGCUGUUUUACAUCGAAGUUUGUAUCAUAGUCAUAAUUUGUUUGUAAAUAAAAAAAAAAAGGGUUUAUUCCCCGUCUUCUUAA